CCGUGACACCUCACCGGCAAAAUGAACCAAAAACACCUGCCACCGCGCAAAACAUCCACACUUCCGACACAGCGACGGGCAGUGUGUAGCUGUCCGUGACAAGACGACGCAUACAUUUUCUGUUUUGUAUUCAAAGCGGUAAAUGAAGAAGAUAGUGUCACGAAAUCAGCUAAACACCUCUUGACUUGUAUUGCCUUUAUCUCCUCAACUCUCCAGAUAAGAGCUCUACUAAGGAAUUGCGUGCACAAAUUCACAAACUUUUUGUGUCGCCGACUUUACUGAAUCACUGGCAUGCCCCAAAUCUCGGAAUUCAAAAGACUAGAGCUGUAAAAGCUCUUAUGUUUUUACGAGAAGGUUUUGGACAGAUGUAAAGCGCGAGCGAUUUUAAGGAAUGUAACGAUAACAUCUCAAAAUACACUGCCUGAAAGUCACAAAAUACACGGAGGAAAUCACCGACAGAGUCACAGAGGACCGAAUAAGGUUGCCUGCAAAUGGGCCUUACUAUGAGAAUUAUGGAAACUAAACUCCUCCUGUUUCUGUUGGCUUCCUUUGUAUUUCAAGUGGCCUGCACACAUCGGUCCGCUCCCAGAGUGCACCUGGCUUUUAAAGAACUUAUGGACACACGGACAGCAAGACCAUUCAGUUUCUCUUUCAACACCAGUGACUACCGGAUCUUGCAUGUGGAUCAGGAUCAGGGCCGGCUUUACCUGGGCAGCCGCGAGUAUCUGGUCUCUCUGGACAUGCAAAAUAUCAACAAAGAGCCUCUCAUUAUCCAUUGGCCAGCUCCUGCUCAGAGGAAGGGAGAGUGUCAGAUGACUGGGAAAGGCAGGCAUGGAGAGUGUGCUAAUUUUGUGCGUCUGAUUGAGCCGUGGAACAGGACUCACCUGUACACCUGUGGGACUGGAGCUUAUAAACCCAUCUGCACAUUCAUCAACAGAGGCUGGAAAGCUGAGGACUACCUUUUCAGGCUGGUUCCAGGUUUUGUGGACUCUGGAAGGGGAAAAUGCUCUUAUGAUCCAAACCAGGAAAAUGUUGCAGCGCUGAUUAAUGGAAACCUGUAUGCUGGAGUGGCUGUGGACUUCAUGAGUACUGAUCCAGGCAUCUUUAGGACCAUGGGAAGCCGGCCAGCUGUGAGAUCGGAACAGUAUGACUCAAAAUGGCUUAAUGAACCUGUGUUUGUUCAGAUGAAACAGAUCCCUGACAGCUCAGAGAGGAACGAUGACAAACUCUAUUUCUUCUUCCGUGAGAAGAGUCUGGAUUCUGGUGGAGGAGCGAGUCCAAGUGUGGUGGCUAGAGUCGGCCGUGUGUGCCUGAAUGAUGAAGGGGGUCAGAAGUCUCUGGUGAAUAAAUGGACGACAUUUCUGAAGGCCAGGCUGGUGUGCUCUGUAAUGGGAAAUGAUGGGGUGGAAACCUUUUUUGAUGAAUUGAGGGACAUAUUUAUCCAAUCCACUCAGGAUGAACGAAACCCUGUGGUAUAUGCCGUCUUCUCAACUGCUGGCUCUGUGUUUAAAGGCUCGGCCGUGUGUGUGUACUCAAUGGCAGACAUUCGAAACGUCUUUAAUGGCCCUUUUGCACAUAAACAUGGACACAACUACCAGUGGACUACAUACACAGGAAAGAUUCCCUAUCCACGGCCUGGAACAUGUACAGGAGGCACAUUCACGCCGGGUCUUCAGUCAACAAAAGAGUUCUCAGAUGAAGUGGUGAACUUCAUUCGUGGACAUCCACUCAUGUACCACCCUGUGUAUCCCAUUCAUAAGCGCCCUCUGGUGGUGCGCUCAGGUGUAGACUAUCGUUUUACUACUAUUGCAGUGGAUCAGGUGGAUGCAGUGGAUGGCCGAUAUGAGGUUCUUUUCCUGGGAACUGAUCGUGGCACGGUCCAAAAAGUGAUAGUCCUGCCCAAGGAUCCCACCACAAUGGAAGAGCUCACUUUAGAGGAAGUGGAAGUUUUCAGGACUCCUGCUGCUGUCAAAACUAUGCAGAUAUCAGCCAAAAGGCAACAAUUGUACGCAUCUUCAGAAGCAGGUCUUACCCAGAUGUCUCUGCAUCGCUGUGGGGUGUAUGGAAUGGCCUGUUCAGACUGCUGCCUGGCCAGAGACCCGUACUGUGCCUGGGAUGGUGAAAACUGCUCCGCCUUUACACAAGCCACGAAAAGGAGAAGCAGAAGACAGGAUGUGAAACAUGGAGACCCUUUGCGUCAGUGCCGGGGCUACAAUGCCAAAGUGGAAAGGAGACUGAAAGAGAAAGUGCAGUUUGGUGUGGAGGGUAGCAGCACGUUUCUGGAGUGUUCACCACGCUCUCCACAGGCCACUAUUAAAUGGCUGUACCAGAAGGAGGGAAGACGAAAAGUGCUGAAUCGAGAAGGGGAGAUUUUUAAGACACCGCAGGGCGUUCUUCUGAAAUCUCUCACCAAAGCAGAUGCAGGCCUUUACCACUGCCUGGCCACGGAAAACAACUUCAAACACACGCUGACUCGUGUCUCCCUGCGUAUCCUGGACCGGGACAUCGCAGUAGCCCUCACCACCCCUGAUGAAGAGGAGGAGGUGACAACAAGGAGCCAACACAAAGACCAUCAACAGAGUACUGCACCUCCUACGCCAGCGCUCUUGCUUGAGCCUGAAAUGCGUCUGAUUCAACAGUACUGCCAGUCAUACUGGAAGCAGCUAAUGGCUGAGGGGAACUCUAAGGCUUAUUUCCCUAAACACACAAGCCGCAGAGACAUAGAAGCACAGAAGGCUAGUGGAGGGUGAGGAUGAGAGGAAACAAGUGUUGUUAUCUGACCAUUCCCUUAUUCCUAUGUGGUUAAAGAGAUAGACUGCCCCAAAAUGAAAAUUCUGUCUUAAUUUAUUCACUCUCAUGUUCAUGUUAGGCAGAAUGUUAGUUUCAGUCACCAUUCACUUCCAUUGCGCAAUAACUUCUUUUGUGUUCCACAAGAAAGAAAGAAAGUCAUAUAGGUUUGGAACAUCAUGAGGGUGAGUAAAUAAUGACAGAGUUUUCCUUUUUGGGUUAAGUAUCCCUUUAAUUCAUUUAUGUGUUUAUGCAGUCACUCACCAUUCAUUCACCAAAGUUACAGUAAGUGCCCAUUCAUCCAUUGUUCUGGGAUUCUUGUGGGUGGUGAUUGAUUCUUUAAAGUGUUUUACAGUUGCCACAGUGAUUUGACUACAUUUCAGUAUUAUGCCAAGGUGUAAACUUUUACUUGCCUCAGAAGUCAAAUUAUGUAAAUGACUUUCAAAAUACGUUUAUUACAUAUUGCCUUUAAUGUAAAUGUAUUUAAAGACCCCAUGAAAUAACUUGCUGGCACUGUUUUCUUUCCUGUUUUCACAGUGUCUGUUGCAUAUCUAAGGCUGCAUCCCUUUUUUUUUUUUUUUUUUUUUUAAAUAGCCUUUAGGCUGUAGUGUACGUCACAGCAUGUAUCAUGAUUUGCUAUUGCUAGUCAGUUGUUGGUUGUAUUAGGAGGAGGGACAUUGUUGUUCUAGAGAGCAUUUGAUUGGAAAAAAAUCUGUGUAGUGCAAGAUGAGUCAGUAAUAUUUUUGGAUUUUUUUGGUUUAAAAAAAGAGUUCAGUUUUCCCAGAACAAAUUUAUUUUGUUUUAUUUGAUUUCUUCUUAGUUUAAGUUUUAAAUGUAUAUCUGCAAAAAAUAAAAAAAUAAAAUAAAAAAAAAUACAAAAUUGUCAACUUUUAAGUGUAUACACUACAGCAUAUACAGUAAAUCUCGUCAAAGCUAAUAGAAAUGGACUAUAAACAACAAAACUUUUGAUUUCAUGGGGUCUUUAAAAAAAAAAAAAAAAAAAAAAUCAACCAAUAAACCAUAAAGCACCUUUAAAGAGGAUAGUACUUCAUAAGCUUAAAAAAUGUUAUAUUAUCCUAUAAGAUCUCUGCUACUACUUUGUUAAA